AUGGCCCAUAUUCAGUCUCUGGCCGAAGUCAAGGACCAGCUCCAGAUCCGCAGCCUCCUGGUGUGGCAGUGACUGGCAGAGUUUCUGGGUGUGUCUGUGCUCCAGCUCCUCAUACAGGGGGCUUUGGCCCAGGCUGUCACCAGCGGAGGAACCAAAGGCAACUUCUUCACCAUGUUUCUGGCUGGCUCUCUGGGUGUUAUGCUAGCCAUCUACAUAAACAGUAAUGUCUCAGGGGCCCACCUGAAUCCAGCCUUCUCCCUGGCCAUGUGCCUCCUGGGACACCUCCCCUAGGCCAAGUUUCCCAUUUACUCCUUGGUGCAGUUGCUGUCUGCUUUCUAUGCUAUUACAGUAACCUACCCUGCAGAUGCCCUACAGAACUAUACAGUUGGGAACCUAACAGUGACUGGUCCCAAGGAGACAGCCUCCAUCUUUGCCACCUACUUUGCACCCUAUCUGUCCAUGAGCAGUGGCUUCCUGGAUCAGGUUCUGGGCACCUGGAUGCUGAUCGUGGGGAUCUUGGCCAUCCUAGACACAUGGAACAAAGGAGUGCCUGUGGGUCUGGAGCCUGUGGUGGUGGGGUUGCACCUGGCCAUCGGGCUAUCCAUGGGUGCCAACUAUGGGUUCCCAAUCAACCCUGAGGACCUCAGCCCAUGGCUUUUCACCUGUGUGGCUGGCUGGGGCCCUGAAGUCUUCAGCGCUGGCAACAGCUGGUGAUGGAUGCCUGUGGUGGGCCCUCCGGUGAUGGCCACACUUGGCACAGCCACACACCAGCUGCUGGUGGCUCUGCACCACCCUGAGGACGCAUAACCAGCUCAGGAUCUAGAGUGUGCCCAACCUGAAGCCUCAGACUCCGAAAGUCCUGCCGCAACUCGGGUGCAGGAGAGUAAGCUGUGA